GAGCGAGUGGAUGUAUGUGUGUGACUUUCAUCUCAUCUUCUGGACGUCUUGCAGAGAAAGGAAUCACUUUGAAUGGCUGGAUUUUUGUGGAUAAUGAUGCAUAUACGUGUUUUCUUUUUUUAAUCAUGUCGUAUUAACUUCAUAGGAGUCAUGCAUAACUAUUUUGGAGCUUGUUUCUCAGUAGUGUUCUUAAUUUUGACGUUUUGGACUGAGGUGAGCCAGUCGUCGGGUUAUUUGGAGCUUCAGUUGAUCAGCGUGGAGAAUGACAGGGGUGAGCUCGCGAGUGGAAACUGCUGUGACGGCGCACGGAGCGCGCAAAACGGCUUGUGCGACCAGGACGAAUGUGACACGUACUUGAGAGUGUGUCUAAAGGAGUACCAAGUGGAGGUCACCACAUCUGGCUUUUGUACUUACGGCACUGGAAGCUCGAGUGUGAUCGGAGGGAAUACGUUUCAGUUGAAAGGAUUCAAUGGAAACCCAAACAAGGCCAAUGACCUCGGGACCGUUAUCAUCCCCUUUCAGUUCGCCUGGCCGCGAGCGUACACUCUGAUCGUGGAGGCUUGGGAUUGGGACAACCAAACGAUCCCAGACAGCAGUGAUGAUCUGUUGAUUGAGAGGAGUGUUAAUCGUGGAGAAAUGAACCCCGGAGAGGAGCGACAGCUCAUUCAGCAGAAGGGCCGAACAGCCAGCAUCCAGUACAGUGUGCGUGUGCGCUGUGACCGCCAUUACUACGGCAACAAGUGCAACAAACAGUGUCGCCCCCGAGAUGAUUACUUUGGCCAUUACACAUGCGACCAGUUCGGCAAUCAGCAGUGCAUGGAGGGCUGGACUGGGCAAGACUGCAAAAAAGCUAUCUGUAAGCAAGGCUGCAGUGAGCUUCACGGAAGCUGUGACACUCCAGGAGAAUGUGUGUGUAAGUACGGCUGGCAGGGCCUCCUCUGCGAUGAGUGUUUGCCAUACCCGGGCUGUGUGCAUGGCACCUGCAUGAAACCCUGGACCUGCACCUGUGAGAAGAACUGGGGAGGACUUCUGUGUGACAAAGAUUUAAAUUACUGCGGCACACACAAGCCCUGUGUAAAUGGAGGCACGUGUCUGAAUACAGAGCCAGAUGAAUAUUUCUGCUCCUGCCCUGAGGGUUACUCCGGCAAAAACUGUCAUAUCGCCGAGCAUGCAUGCAUGUCAAACCCAUGUGCAAAUGGCGGGACAUGUCAUGAGCUGGCUUCAGGGUUUGAGUGCCAAUGUCCCCCAGGGUGGGACGGCCCAACUUGUGCUAAAGACAAAGAUGAGUGCUCGUCAAACCCGUGCGCUCAUGAUGGGACCUGCAUCGAUCAGGAGAACGGCUUCGAAUGUUUAUGCCUCCCACAGUGGACCGGCAACACCUGUCAGAUAGAUGUGAAUGAGUGUACGAGGAGACCUUGUCUAAAUGCUUAUGCUUGUAAAAAUCUAAUUGGUGGAUAUCAUUGCAACUGCUACCCGGGCUGGGCGGGACCGAACUGUAAUAUCAAUGUCAACAGCUGUUACGGUCAGUGUCAGAAUGGAGGAACCUGUCAGGAUGAUCGUCAUGGUUAUGUGUGCCAGUGCCAGCCGGGCUUCAUGGGAAGGCACUGCGAGGUGCAGCAAAGCAGUUGUGCUAGCUCCCCUUGCCAGAAUAGUGGACGCUGCCGCUCGCUAGCCACGGGUUAUUUGUGUGAAUGUCUGUAUGGAUACACUGGAACCAAUUGUGAGGCGCAGGUGGAUCUGUGCAGUCCAAACCCAUGUCAGAAUAAAGGCCAGUGUCAUCCUAUACAAGGAGAUUUUUACUGUGCCUGCGCAGAUGAAUAUGAAGGGAAAACAUGUAGUCAGCUACGAGACCACUGCAAAACCAGCACCUGCCAAGUGAUUGACAGCUGUACUGUUGCCUUGAAAACCAAUGGCACAGCAACAGUGGUUCGGCACAUCUUAUCAAAUGUGUGUGGUCCUCACGGGCGCUGCAUCAGUCAGUCAGGAGGAAACUUCACUUGUGCAUGCCAACCAGGAUUCACUGGGACAUAUUGUCAUGAGAAUGUAAAUGACUGUGCAUCAUCUCCUUGUCACAGCGGAGGAACAUGCAUUGAUGACAUCGACUCCUUUCGCUGUGUCUGUCCUGAUGGCUUUAAUGGGCAACUCUGUGAGCUGGAGGUGAAUGAGUGUAGCGGCGAUCCUUGUCUAAAUGGAGGUAUGUGCAUUGAUCUCCUGAAUGAUUUCUUCUGUCGCUGCACUGAGAACUGGAAAGGAAAGACGUGUAACUCACGAGACAGUCAGUGUGAUUCCAGUACAUGCGCUAACGGAGGCACAUGCUAUGAUCAUGGAGACUCAUUCCGAUGUGCGUGUCCCUCUGGAUGGGGUGGCAGUACCUGUAACACAGCCAUGAACAGCUCGUGUGUAUCUGGUCCGUGUCUAAAUGGCGGGACUUGUAUUGGAGGGGGCAACUUCUACACCUGUAUCUGUAAGGAUGGAUGGGAGGGGCCUACCUGUGCGCAAGAUGUUGAUGACUGCAACCCUCAUCCAUGUUAUAAUGGGGGACAGUGUGUGGAUGGGGUCAACUGGUUUCGCUGUGAGUGUGCACAUGGGUUUGCAGGACCUGACUGUCGAAUCAACAUAGAUGAGUGCCAGUCCUCUCCCUGUUCAUAUGGAGCCACAUGUGUGGAUGAGAUUAAUGGAUAUCGCUGUCUUUGCCCCAUGGGACGAGCUGGACCGCGCUGCCAGGAGUUUAUUGGUGUAGGAAAGGCAUGCGAUCGCUCCGGGGUGCAGGCUACUCACGGUGAUCGCUGGGAGGAUGGGUGCAACAGCUGUCAGUGCAUGAACGGAAACAUCAGGUGCACUAAAGUGCAUUGUGGUCAUCAGCCCUGCUUGUUGCAAUCAGACUCUGGUGAGUCACGGCGCCCCCUGUGUCUACUAGGACAGGAGUGUGUAGAGCAUCAUUUCCUGUCUUGCCUUCGUCCACCAUGCAGUCAUCUGGGUAUAUGCGCCCCUCGUGAAGGUCUACAGCCCAUCGACACUCGGUGCUUACCCAACAACGGCUACCUAGAUGAUAACUGUGCUCAUGUUACACUUGUUUUUGACUCUGACAGCGUCCCGGAGGGCACUACUGCUGAAGGAGUCUGCUCAGAGCUAACUUAUCUGCCAAUCACACGAACUCUGGCCAAAGACCACACCCUUUCCAUUCUUUGCGACCAAUCACCUUCCAGCCAAAAUGCAGUGAAGGUUGCUAUGUCAUAUGAGCAAAACACGUUUGUUGAUGGACGAGCUCAGAUACAGGAUGUUGUCCGCUCCAUCAUUGAUGUUCUGUCCAAACCUCACAACAGCACGUUGCUGUUGGCUUUGAAAGAGGUCAGAGUUGACACUCAGGAUCCAGGUCCCCAAGUCGGUUACCUCAUUCCGUUGCUGUGUGUGCUGUUUGUGGUAUUAUGGAUCUCAUGUUUCAUCGUCUGCGUGUGGUGGUUCAGGAGACGCAGGAAAGCGAGACAAAGAGAGGACACGCAGAUGGAGGAGAGCAUCAACAACCAGCGCGGGACACUGUUGAGUACUCGCACACCUCGCAAAGAUAACACAGACCCGCUGCAGGAGAACAAGAACCUGCUCUACCCUCUGGAUCGGGUUGGAGACGGAGCCGAGCGAGAGGAAGAGGAGGAAAAAGGAGACGAAGAGAGCGACAGAGGGCUUGUUCUGCAUAAGUGCUCAUCUCUUGCGUUCACUAAAGGGGAUGCAGUGUACACUAUUCCCACUACAGCCCAAAGUCAGCCAAACAGGACACACUACAGCAGCAAAGACAACCGCUGCAAGAACAAUGUGAACGAGAGAUUAGGCGAGCACAUGAAAGAUCAUUACGUAUGAAAGAACCAGACAAACUGGACAAAAAUAUAAGUGUUUUUUGCUGAUCUGAAAACUUUUGGUCUUGUGUGAUUGGUGUUUUGGUGUCAUCCUUUUUUUCAUCAUUGGAUAGUCAAAUGAAACAGGGAUCUGACAUUCACAGAAUGGUUCCCAAAAUCCUUUUCUUUUGUUUACACUUCACUCUUUUUCAUUAAAAAGAAGGACAUUUUACACAAAGCUUAACUUUGAGAAUAUGUCUGUGAACUGUGCCGCGACCUUUGACCCCAAGGAGGAAUCAGCGAUAGGCAGCUUUAAAGUGUUUUUGAUUAUGUCCAGACCUGCCCAAAGUCAAGUGUUAGAAGCCGUUAAAUCUUCCAGUGAUAUAUAUGCACAACUGUCUCAUUGAACCUUCACGAUAGCGCUUACCUUUUAUAUACAUUUUGCAUAAUAAUACACAUAUGUUGGUUCUUGUAUUGACACACUUAAAUGAGUAGUUCGCCCAAAGGAAGAUUCAGUCAUCAUUUACUCACCCUCAUGUCAUUCCAAACCUAUAUGACUUUUUUCUUCUGUAUAACAAAAGUUACAUAAGAGCGUUGGAAGAACUGGAGCUGGAAAGUGGUGCAAAAGCACCAUAAAAUAAAAUAUAAAUGGAUAUGUUAUAUUCCAAGUCAUCUGGAGCCAUGUGAUAGCUUUGUGGGAUGAACAAACCAAAAUAUACAUCAUUAUACACUAAUAGCUCUCCUCUUGUUGGGCUGUUUACCUGUUUUUCAGAGUUGAACUGGAUCAAAUGAUUCAUUGAAAAGCUCCAACUCAAAAGAAUCAUUUGUUCAAUCUCUAACACUCUCAACAAGGAGAGUAAGGGUGUAUAACAAGACAUUAAGUCAAUAAUGUCUGAAGUUUUUCCUUCACACAAAUCUGUUUUAUGACAUCAGAAGACUUUUUAAAGAGCUUGACCGCCUCCGUCCUCAUUCAUUUUUGUUACACAGAAAAGAGAACAAAACAACAUUUGGAAUGACGUGACGAGUAAAACAGUUUCAUUUUUCGGUGAACUAACAUAACUGUUAAGUAUACAAUGUUUACUUUUAUGUUUUAUAUUGUUUGGGUAUUGGUACACAUAGUUCAGACAGUAAGAGUAUUUAGACUGAUAAACUCUCACUCAGCUCUUGAUGGUUAGAAAUUAUUGGUCAGUUUUUUUUUGUUUUUUUUUUAAGUGACAGCCAUAUAAACAGAACAGUCUUGAUGGAAAGAAUCAAGGGCCACUUCAGUCAGUGCACUAUUGUGUUGUCGCAAAACACUUGGUUUUUGGUCACACAGUAGGUGACAAUGAUUUUAAUUGUUUAAUCACUGAGAGAUAGUUCAUUAUAUUGAAAAAUAUUCAUAUGUACAUAUGUAAAUAGUGGAAAAAAGACAGCUGUGUAUAUUCGAGUUUAGUAAGUUAUGUGACACCUUUUUAUCAUUGUCAUUCUUAGAAUUAUUACUUUUUCUAAUUCUCUCCUUUAGUCGCUCUCCUUUUCAACAGUGUCAUUCCUUUUAUUUAUGUUGGUAAGAACAUUUUUUAUAUAUAAAUAUGUAAAAUGUCCACAGGUUGGUAGUCUAUCUGUGGAGACUAUAAAAAUUACUUUAAACAAUAGAUGAUCUAUCUUCAUGUAGAUUAUCUGUCUUUUAAUGACUUUCCUAGUCAAUGUCAACUAACGAUUGGACACAUUGACCAUGCUGAAAGAAUGUUUUGCCAUUGAUCAAAACGCUGACUUCUUCUGAAGACCUACAGUACUUCAUUGGAGAAAGACUCAAAGACUUCAAAGAAAUAUGCUGCAUGUUUGAGUGGCACUUUGUUUCCUUGGAAAAAUCCAACACCUGCAUUUUCAUGCCACUGUCAGCCAUGAUAUAAUUAUGUGUUUAUAUUAGUCUCCCAGACUGUCUGCAUUUUAAGUUUGAUGUUGGAAGGCUUUGGAAGAUGUUUUUUUUUUAUUAUUAUUCUUAAUGUUUUCAGAACAUCAUUGCUUUGUAUUAUUAUGCUACAAUUCAAAAUGAACCAUAAAUGGACCAGUGUAUUGACCCAUGUCAAAGACAGGAAACACUUAAGUGUAUCUUCAGUCUGAGUAUUGUGUUGAAUAUAUUUAUAAAAUGGUACUAUAUUACUAUAAUACCAUUUUUCAAAAGAACACUAUGAGUAAAGAUUUAUGUUAUCAGAAAUCCUCCUUUGUCUGGGGUGGCUGGGGUAUUUCCCCCUCCUUUAUUCAUGAGCUGUUCUGCCAUAUUUGAUUGGGGUCAAAUCAAAUGCAAUUAAGAUUUUUGGAAAGUCAGAAAAAUUAAAUCCGUGCAUGUUGCUGUGGCUGAAUGAAGGGGAAUUUGGGAUGUUUUUCAUUGUUGUGUUUCAUUUGGUGUCUUUAGUGCACAGAAAAAACAUAAUGCAGUUGAAUAUAUAAAUGACUGGAUUAUGCAAAAUGUGACAGUAAUUCAGAUGAGUUUACAUUAUGAAUCAUGUCACUCCUCAAUGAAAGUUUCUUUAUUGUUAUAUUAAGGAAUUGAAACACACUUCCCUAACAUGAAAAAACAAGUCCAUCACAUUUCUGGCUGUUAUUAGUUCUACAUGCACUGAUGCUCAUACUGAAUCUGGCAUUUCAUUUGUUAAAUCUGUUGGAUUUUCCCAAGUAUUUAUUAAAGACUUUUGUACCUGUGA